GUCAAAGUUGUAAAUGCACUGGAAGGCCCACGCACCUUGUCUGUCUCAAAUAGAUUUAACCACUCAAAUUUCUCGGUCACAACUCAUAGCCCAACUGAUCAUGUCUGAAUCAACCAAGGAGAUUACUGCGGAGGAGGUCGCGAAGCAUGACAAGAAGAACGAUGUAUGGAUCAUCAUCCAUGGAAAAGUUUACGAUGUGACAAACUAUGCCGAAGACCAUCCGGGUGGUGCUCAAUCCUUGUAUGAAGUCGCAGGCCAAGACGCGACGGCUACUUUCGAAGACGUGGGCCACUCGGCCGACGCCCGUGAGACCAUGGCACAAUAUCUCAUUGGCAAUCUUGAAGGUGCGGAAGAAGAAGAUCUCGAAGCUAAGCCUAAGGAGUUGCCUUUGCUGGUUAGAGCUGCACAGAACAACAAGAACUCACGCUCGUCGUCCGAGAGCAUUGUCCGUCGUCUUCUGGAAGGAGCUAUCGGAGGCGGUGGAGUGUUCCUCGCUUACGAGUUGGUCGCGAGAUCGCCCGUAGUCGGCUGGCUGCACCAUCAACACGGCGGCUUUUGGAAGGGUAUGCUGAUUGCCUCGAUCGCGAGUCUCUCGGCAUCAGCCGCGUUGUUACUCUGGAUCAGCCGUCAUCUGCAACAACAGCAUACCAUAUCAUCCUGGCCAGCUCAUUACAAGCCCGAGACUGUUGCAAAGCCCAUCACACAAGCUGCUGGGUUCCUCAAGCCUCAAGAAUAUCAGACAUUGCCUUUGGUCAAAAAGGAGAAGUUGUCGUCAAACUCGUAUCGCUUCGUGUUCAAGCUUCCCAAGAAGGACAGUAUCCUUGGUCUUCCCAUUGGACAACACUUGAGCAUCCGCGGCAAUGUUGAUGGCAAGAGUGUUUCACGCUCGUAUACGCCAGUCUCAAACAACUCGGACGCUGGUGAGCUCAGGCUAGUCAUUAAGGUCUACCCAGAUGGUCAACUCACUGGUGGGUACCUCGAAGGUCUAAAAGUCGGAGACGACGUCGAGUUCCGUGGCCCCAAGGGUGCCAUGAAGUAUGGUCGCGGACUUGCCGACGAGAUUGGCAUGGUUGCUGGAGGUACUGGGAUCACUCCCAUGUACCAAAUCAUCCGCGCGAUCUGUGAGAACCCUCGAGACAAGACAAAGGUCACCCUCCUGUAUGGAAGCGUAUCUGAAGAGGACAUUCUUCUACGCAAGGAACUCGACGACUUUGCUUCGAAGUACCCAGACAACUUCAAGGUUAUCUAUGUACUGAGCAAGCCCGGUGAUAGCUGGAAGGGGUCGAAGGGCUAUAUCGACAAGGCCAUGGCCCAAGAGGAAUUGCCUGGACCCAAGGGCAAGAGUAAGAUUCUGCUUUGUGGGCCGCCUCCGCUCAUCAACAGCAUGAAAGACGGACUUGCUGACCUUGGAUUCGAAAAACCCGGUGCGGUCUCAAGGUUGACCGAUCAAGUCUUCUGCUUUUAGUCGGGAGCACAGGCGGUGUCAGAGGACGUAUUGUACAGAAGCAGUCGGUGCGAUGUAGACACUAGAUGACAGAUUGCAAUCUGAUUUUCCUUCACGCGAUACAAGCUCCAUUCUUCCGUAUAUGCUGCUCCUAACUUGUGGUAUACAUCAGUUCCGACAUCUCUCAACAAGGGCGCCAUCAACUUCGAAGGUCACGAUCGAGGAGAGCCUGAUGCGGCGUCGGAUC